AUGCUCAAGCAGAAGGAACGAGAGAUCCAAGAGGCAAAAGUCCGCGCGCAGCAAACAGCAGGUUCCUUGAAAGACGGCAGUGCAAACGCAUCCAAACCAACGACCUCUCCCUCACAGCAAUCCUCAUAUCCCUCAUCGACUCGUUCGCAACCUCCUGGUAGCCAAAAAAGCUCUGCUGCUCGUGACGACUGGGAAUCGCAGAAGAAGCUCAUGGGCGAGCACAAUGACGCGAUUGAUAGAACACCUGCGAACAAGAAGCAUCUGAAUCUUGCGCUCUUGAGAAAUCCAAGGACAGGUGGGAAAACGGUCGCAAGGCUAUAUGCCCAGUUUCUCGAAUCAAUACAAGUACUUUUAGGAAACGUAUUCAAGGAAAUCACAGGAGCCAGCCUGGCACAUGAUGGCGUCGGUGGUGCAAAGAAGCUCAUCGAGGACGUUAUGAAAGGCGGGUCUGGUACCGAUGUUCUGGACUUCCUGUUAGCAGAGAUGGAGAACCGCGCUGGAAGCCUUGUUUUCAUCCUUGCCGGCUACAGCCGUCAGAUGGAGAAAUUCUUCAGCCAUAAUCCAGGUCUUCCGAGUUGUGUACCGCAUAGAUUCACCUUCGAGGGCUACGCCGACGAAGAGCUCCUUGAUAUGCUUGCUAAUAUGGUGGAGAAACAGUAUGGAGGCAGGAUCCUAUAUAAUAUCCGAUAA